AGACAUGAAGCUUGCAGCAGGCUGAGGAGGAGGAAGAAGGGGCAGUGGAGCAGAGGAGGUGGCUCCUGCCUCGUGAGGGCUCUGAGGGUCCCUGCGUGGAGAGGGUCGGGGAUCUGGGCUUGCAGCAGGGGCUCUGGAAUGCAGCCCCCUUCGCUGCUGCUGCUGCUGCUGCUGCAUUUCUCAGUUGCCACGACCAGAGGGCUGCCGUGCGGGAGUCUCCCCGAACCCUGUGCCAACGGAGGCACCUGCCUGAGCCUGUCUCAGGGGCAAGGGGCCUGCCAGUGUGUCCCUGGCUUCCUGGGUGAGACGUGCCAGUUUCCUGACCCCUGCCAGGACGCCCAGCUCUGCCAGAAUGGGGGCAGCUGCCAAGCCCUGCCUCCUGCCCCGCUGGGGUCCCCCGGCCCUCCCUCCCACUUGGCCCCCAGCUUCUUAUGCACCUGCCCCCCUGGCUUCACUGGUGAGAGAUGCCAGGACCGGCUCAAAGACCCCUGUCCUCCCUCCUUCUGCUCCAAAAGGGGCCGCUGCCACAUCCAGGCCUCAGGCCGCCCACAGUGCUCCUGCUUGUCUGGAUGGACAGGCGAGCAAUGCCAGCUCCGAGACUUCUGCCCAGCCAGCCCCUGUGUCAACGGAGGGGUGUGUCUGGCCACAUACCCCCAGAUCCAGUGCCGCUGCCCACCUGGCUUCGAGGGUCAUGCCUGUGAACACGAUGUCAACGAGUGCUUCCUGGACCCAGGACCCUGCCCCAAAGGCACCUCCUGCCAUAACACCCUGGGCUCCUUCCGGUGUCUCUGCCCUGCGGGGCGGGAGGGCCCACACUGUGAGCUCCGGGCGGGACCCUGCCCUGCCAGGGGCUGUCCUAACGGGGGCACCUGCCAGCCGGUGCCAGGAGGAGACUCCACCUUUCACCUCUGCCUCUGCCCCCCAGGUUUCACAGGCCCCGACUGUGAGGUGAAUCCAGAUGACUGUGUCAGCCACCAAUGUCAGAAUGGGGGCACUUGCCAGGAUGGGCUGGGGACCUACACCUGCCUCUGCCCAGAGGCCUGGACCGGCUGGGAUUGCUCCAGAGAUGUGGACGAAUGUGAGGCCCAGGGUCCCCCUCGCUGCAGAAACGGGGGCACCUGCCAGAACUCAGCUGGUGGCUUUCACUGCGUGUGUGUGAGUGGCUGGGGAGGCACAGGCUGCGAGGAGAACCUGGACGACUGCAUUGCCGCCACCUGUGCCCCGGGAUCCACCUGCAUUGACCGUGUGGGCUCCUUCUCCUGCCUCUGCCCACCUGGACGCACAGGCCUCCUGUGCCACCUGGAAGACGUGUGUCUGAGCCACCCCUGCCACGAGGAAGCCCAGUGCAGCACCAACCCCCUGACUGGCUCCACGCUCUGCCUGUGUCAGCCUGGCUACUCAGGGCCCACCUGCCACCAGGACCUGGACGAGUGUCAGAUGGCCCAGCAAGGCCCCAGUCCCUGUGAACAUGGCGGCUCCUGCCUCAACACCCCUGGAUCCUUCAACUGCCUCUGUCCACCUGGCUACACGGGUUCCCGUUGUGAGGCUGACCACAAUGAGUGCCUGUCCCAGCCCUGCCACCCGGGCAGCACCUGCCUAGACCUCCUUGCCACCUUCCACUGCCUCUGCCCACCAGGCUUAGAAGGGCAGCUCUGCGAGGUGGAGACCAACGAGUGUGCCUCAGCCCCGUGCCUGAACCACGCGGACUGUCAGGACCUGCUCAAUGGCUUCCUGUGCGUCUGCCUGCCUGGAUUCACUGGGACCCAAUGUGAGGAGGACAUCAACGAGUGCAAGAGCUCUCCCUGCGCCAAUGGUGGGCAGUGCCGGGACCAGCCUGGAGCCUUCCACUGCGAGUGUCUUCCAGGCUUUGAAGGGCCACGCUGUCAGACAGAGGUGGACAAAUGUCUGAGUGGCCCAUGCCCCGUUGGAGCUAGCUGCCUUGAUCUCCCAGGAGCCUUCUUUUGCCUCUGCCCCUCUGGCUUCACAGGCCCGCUGUGUGAGGUUCCCCUGUGUGCCCCACACCUGUGCCAGCCCAAGCAGGCAUGCCAGGGUCAGAAAGACAAGGCCCACUGCCUCUGCCCUGACGGAAGCCCCGGCUGCUCCCCCGCUGAGGACAACUGCACCUGCCACCACGGACACUGCCAGAGGUCGUCGUGUGUGUGUGAUGUGGGUUGGACGGGGCCCGAGUGUGAGGCAGAACUGGGGGGCUGCAUCUCCACACCCUGUGCCCAUGGGGGGACCUGCUCCCCCCAGCCCUCUGGCUACAACUGUACCUGCCCCACAGGCUACACAGGGCCCACCUGUAGCGAGGAGGUGACAGCGUGUCACUCAGGGCCGUGUCUCAAUGGUGGCUCCUGCAGCCCCCGCCCUGGGGGCUACCACUGCACCUGCCCUCCAAGCCACACCGGGCCCCGCUGCCAAAGCAGCGCUGACCACUGUGCGUCUGCCCCCUGCCUCAAUGGGGGGACCUGUGUGAACAGGCCUGGCUCCUCCUCCUGCCUCUGUGCUUCUGGCUUCCAGGGCCCACGCUGUGAGGGAAGGAUCCGCCCCGGCUGUGCAGACAGCCCCUGUAGGAACGGGGCGACCUGCCAAGAGAGCCCUCAGGGUCCCCACUGCCUCUGCCCCCCUGGCUACACAGGAGGCAGCUGCCAGACUCUGCUGGACUUAUGUGCCCAGAAGCCCUGUCCACACACUGCCCACUGCCUCCAGACGGGGCCCUCCUUCCAGUGCCUGUGCCUCCAGGGAUGGACCGGGCCUCUCUGCAGCCUUCCACUGUCCUCCUGCCAGAAGGCUGCGCUGAGCCAAGGCGUAGAGGUCUCUGCCCUUUGCCAGAAUGGAGGCCUCUGCGUUGACAGUGGCCCCUCCUAUUUCUGCCGCUGCCCUCCUGGGUUCCAAGGCAGCUCGUGCCAGGAUAUCGUGAACCCAUGUGAGUCCAGGCCUUGCCAGCACGGGGCCACCUGUGUGGCCCAGCCCGAUGGGUAUCUCUGCCAGUGUGCCCCAGGCUACAGUGGACAGAACUGCUCUAAGGAACCCGAUGCUUGUCAGUCCCAACCCUGUCACAACCAUGGAACCUGUACCCCCAAACCUGGAGGCUUCCAUUGUGCCUGCCCACCAGGCUUUGUGGGGCUACGCUGUGAGGGGGACGUGGAUGAGUGUCUGGACCAGCCCUGUCACCCCACAGGCACUGCAGCCUGCCACUCUCUGGCCAAUGCCUUCUACUGCCAGUGUCUGCCUGGACACACAGGCCAGUGGUGUGAGGUGGAGAUAGAUCCCUGUCAGAGCCAGCCCUGCUUUCAUGGAGGGUCCUGUGAGGCCAUAGAAGGACCACCCCCAGGUUUCACCUGCCACUGCCCCAAGGGUUUUGAAGGCCCCACCUGCAGCCACAGAGCCCCUUCCUGUGGCCUCCAUCACUGCCACCAUGGAGGCCUGUGUCUGCCCUCCCCUAAGCCAGGCUUCCCACCACGCUGUGCCUGCCUCAGUGGCUACGGGGGCCCUGACUGCCUGACCCCACCAGCUCCUCAAGGCUGUGGCCCUCCAUCUCCAUGUCUACACAAUGGCAGCUGCUCAGAGACGCCUGGGUUGACAGGCCCAGGUUUUCGAUGUUCCUGCCCUCCCAACUCUCCAGGGCCCCGGUGUCAGAGGCCCGGAGAAAAGGGGUGUGAGGGCAGAGGUGGAGAUGGGGCCUGCGACGAUGGCUGCAGUGGCCCAGGAGGAAACUGGGAUGGAGGAGACUGCUCUCUGGGGGUCCCUGACCCCUGGAAGGGCUGUCCUUCCCACUCUCGGUGCUGGCUUCUCUUCCGGGAUGGGCAGUGCCACCCACAGUGUGACUCUGAAGAGUGUCUGUUUGAUGGCUACGACUGUGAGACCCCUUCGGCCUGCAUUCCAGCCUAUGAUCAGUACUGCCGCGAUCACUUCCACAACGGGCACUGCGAGAAAGGCUGCAACACCGCAGAAUGUGGCUGGGAUGGCGGCGACUGCAGGCCUGAAGAUGGGGAUUCAGAGUGGGGGCCCUCCCUGGCCCUGCUGGUGGUGCUGAGCCCCCCGGCCCUGGACCAGCAGCUGCUUGCCCUGGCCCGGGUGCUGUCCCUGACUCUGAGGGUGGGGCUCUGGGUGAGGAAGGACAGUGAAGGCAGGGACAUGGUAUACCCCUAUCCUGGGGCCCGGGCCGAAGAGGAGCUAGGAGGAACUCGGGACUCCUCUCAUCAGGAGAGAGCAGCCUCUGAAACACAGCCCCUGGGCAAGGAGACGGACUCCCUCAAUGCUGGGUUUGUAGUGGUGAUGGGUGUGGAUUUGUCCCACUGUGGCCCUGACCACCCAGCAUCCCACUGUCCCUGGGACCCUGGUCUCCUACUCCGCUUCCUUGCUGCAAUGGCUGCAGUGGGGGCCCUGGAGCCCCUAUUACCUGGACCCCUGCUGGCUGCCCACCCUCAUACAGGCACUGCACCCCCUGCCAACCAGCUUCCCUGGCCUGUGCUGGGCUCCCCAGUGGCCGGGGUGAUUCUCCUGGCCCUCGGGGCUCUUCUCGUCCUCCAGCUCGUCAGGCGCCGACGCCGAGAGCAUGGGGCCCUGUGGCUGCCACCUGGUUUCACUCGAAGGCCUCGGACUCAGCCAGCUCCCCGGCGACGCCGGCCUCCCCUGGGCGAGGAUAGCAUCGGCCUCAAGACGCUGAAACCAGAGGCAGAAGUUGAUGAGGAUGGAGUUGUGAUGUGCUCAGGCCCUGAGGAGGGAGAAGAGGUGGGCCAGGCUGAAGAAACAGCCUCCCCCUCCAAGUGCCAGCUCUGGCCUCCGAGCGGUGGCUGUGGGGAGCUCGCUCAGGCAGCCAUGCUGACUCCUCCCCAGGAAUCCGAGAUGGAGGCCCCUGACCUGGACACUCGCAGACUUGAUGGAGUAACACCACUCAUGUCAGCAGUUUGCUGUGGGGGAGUAGAGUCCAGGACCUUCCAGGGGGCAUGGUUGGGAAGUCCUGAGCCCUGGGAACCUCUGCUGGAUGAAGGGGCCUGUCCCCAGGCUCACACCGUGGGCACUGGGGAGACCCCACUACACCUGGCUGCACGAUUCUCCCGGCCAACCGCUGCGCGCCGCCUCCUUGAGGCUGGAGCCAACCCCAACCAGCCAGACCGGGCAGGACGCACCCCACUUCACGCGGCUGUGGCUGCUGAUGCUCGGGAGGUCUGCCAGCUCUUACUCCGCAGCAGACAAACUGCAGUUGAUGCACGCACAGAGGACGGGACUACACCCUUGAUGCUGGCCGCUAGACUGGCGGUGGAGGACCUGGUGGAAGAACUGAUUGCAGCCCGAGCAGACGUGGGGGCCAGAGAUAAAUGGGGAAAAACCGCGCUGCACUGGGCCGCUGCCGUGAACAACGCCCGAGCCGCUCGAUCCCUUCUCCAGGCUGGAUCCGAUAAAGACGCCCAGGACAGCAGGGAGCAGACGCCGCUGUUCCUGGCGGCCCGGGAAGGAGCGGUGGAGGUAGCUCAGCUGCUGCUGGGGCUGGGGGCGGCCCGAGAGCUGCGGGACCAGGCUGGACUAGCGCCCGGGGACAUCGCCCGCCUGCGGAACCACUGGGACCUGCUGGCGCUGUUGGAAGGGGCGGGGCCCCCGCAGGCCCGUCACAAAGCCACGCCGGGCCCCAAGGCCGGAGCUGGGCGGCGCGCACGGACCGCGUCAGGAAGCGCGCCCCCGCACGGGGGCGGGGCUGUGCCGCGCUGCCGGACGCUGUCAGCCGGAGCCGCCCCGCGUGGGGGCGGAGCUUGUCUGCGAACUCGGGCCGGGUCCGUAGACUGGGCCACGCGCGGGGGCGCGGCCUAUUCGCAUUGCCGGAGCCUAUCGGGAGGAGCCGCUGGAGGAGGCCCGCCCCUUCGCGGCCGUAGGUUUUCUGCGGGCAUGCGCGGGCCUCGACCCAGCCCUACAAGAGUGCGAGGAAGAUCCGGAGUUGCCGCCGGGCGGGGGGGCAGGGCCUCAGCGGAUGACUGGCCCUGUGAUUGGGUGGCCCUGGGAGCCUGCGGCCCCACCUCCAACAUUCCGAUCCCGCCUCCUUGCCUUACUCCGUCCCCGGAGCGGGGAUCUCCUCAAGUUGCUUGGGGUCCCCCAGUCUACCAAGAAAUGUCUUUAAACUUAGAAGGGGAGGGUCAAAGAUAGAAGGCUACAUGGCGGGGACGAAUUCUAAAAUGAUUACCUUUAAAUAACAGGUAUUCUGGAAAGCCCUCCAGCUUUUAAGAUGGAGCCCCAAAAGUGAGGUGUCAUGAGUUUAGUCUCCCCUGUAAAAUGAGUGUAUGCCCAGCAAAGCAGGCAUCAUCUUCCACAUGGAGAAGCUGCAGCUCUGGAAAGAGAGUUUAGGAUGCUGGGAUGGGGCAGACCCAGUCCCUCUCUCAGAAAAUAAGGGUAAGAGGUUACAGGAGGACAGAGUGGAGUAGCAGAAGUACCCCUAAACUGGAACCAAGAACUGUAGGCAGAUAGGACGUAAGACGUUUUUUCCUGAAUAUAGUUCCCAAAGGGAGCCUCCAUCAUUUAUUGCCCACAAACGGCUGACAAAUAUUUAUUGAGCACCUAACUAUGUGCCAGGCACUGUGUAGAUGCUGGAAUGUGGCCAAGCUCCCACUAGCCCCCCACCCCCGCUGAUGACUCCUUGCAUUCCCUCAGACCCCCCAACAAAGAAACUCCACUGCAGGGAUGAAGUGCCACUGUUCUAGCCACUACUAUGUCUCUUUAAGAACCCUAAAUCUGCCACCCAUAAUAAAGCUGAUUUGAAGUGUUA